AGAGGCUAGGAGAUGCUGAGACCCCCACUCCUGGCCUUGUAAAUAUGUCGGUAACACGAGGUUAUCAUCAGUAGUUGCGGACACCUCAGCCGCACCGGCCCGAGUGUUGCACACAGAGCUCUCAGAGGCGCACAGGCACGGGAUCUGGGAGGCUGACCGUCAUCAUACUCUACAGCAAGGACAGGACUCAGGAUAAUGGACUCUUCAGGGACGUCUCAGGGGAAGAUGGGCUACGACAAUCCAGCCUUGGUGGGGUCAACGCCGUCACUCUCUCCACCGCCAUACUCGGAGAUUAAGAGUGAAAAGCAAGAGGCGCUGAAAACAGUAUUUGUCGUUCCAAGCUCUUCAGAGAAAACGCUUAAAGACGAAUACUACAACCCGUACGAGAACCGGGAGGUCGGACAUCCCGUUACGUUUUCGGAUGCACUGUUCCACAUACUCAAGGCCAGUUUGGGCACGGGGAUCCUUGCGAUGCCCAACGCAUUUCACAACGCGGGGUAUCUCGUCGGCUUCGUCGGGACUCUCUUUGUCGGCUUCCUGUGCACCUACUGUAUACACAUCCUGAUAUCGUCUGAGUAUGAGCUGUGCCGCAGAAGGAAGAAGCCGAGUAUGACAUACCCAGAAACCUUGGAGGCUGCGUUCCUAGAGGGUCCAGCCAGGUUUAGGUGGCUGUCGAGAUAUUCUGAUUUCGCUGCAAACCUGUUCCUUAUACUUUACCAAAUCGGAAGCUGUUGUAUAUACUUCGUUUUCGCAUCUACCAACAUAAAAGCUGUAGCAGAUCAAUACAUCCGCGAGCUGGAUGUCAGGAUAUACAUGCUGAUCUUGCUCAUCCCCUUUAUCCUCAUCAAUUGGGUACGAGACCUCAAGUACUUGGCACCCUUUUCCACGAUAGGCAACUUCGUCACCAUCAUCAGCUUCGGUAUCAUUGCCUACUACGUGUUUGAUGACAUGCCCCCCGUCACUAGCCGAUCUCCCGUGGCUCCGAUCGGCCGUCUCCCGCUCUACUUCGGUACCGUCCUCUUCGCCAUGGAAGCCAUCGGAGUGGUAAUGCCUAUAGAGAACGAGUUGGAUACACCGGAAAGAUUCGGGUCUUUCUUCGGCGUGCUCAACUGUGCCAUGCUGCCCAUCGCAGUUCUGUACACUGUGGUCGGCUUCUUCGGUUACAUUAAGUACGGGCCCGAGGCGGCAGGCAGUAUCACCCUCAACCUACCUUCAGACCAACUUUUAGCCCAGUCUGUGAAGCUGAUGUUGUCGUUCACGAUCUUCAUAACUCACGCGAUCCAGUGCUACGUUGCCAUAGACAUCAUCUGGAACCAGAAGCUGAAGAAACACGUGACAAAGAACGCGCUCUGGUGGGAGUACGUCACAAGGACACUCAUUGUCUUCAGCACCUUCUUUUUUGCCGCCGUGAUCCCCAACUUGGAACUCUUCAUCUCUCUGAUCGGCGCGUUCUGUCUGUCCACCAUGGGACUGUCCUUCCCCGCACUCAUCCAGAUGUUGACCUUCUGGGACUACUACCCGGGAUUCUGCGCCAAGUUCAUCUUCCUCAUAAAGAACCUGUGUAUAAUCGCCAUCGCCCUCAUGGGAUUCGUGAUAGGGGUGACAACCAGCGUCCACGAGAUCUACCUCAAGUUCUUCGCCGGAUUAUAACUCGAGGUUUGAGGAACCCAGAGGAAACGAUCUGCCUCGUCGUCACUGCCGUCCAUCCCUCUUCUCAUGAGGAACAGCAUUGGGUUAUGUAAAACAAAAAUCUAAAGAGCGGCCUGAUCUAUCUAACAAUUUCAUAAGAUCCGAAAUAACGGUGACCAUCAAAUACUGUAAGCUAUCGAUGGAAAUUAGAGAUGAAGCUGUAAUGGCGUUGUUUAUGCAUUGCGAGCUUGUAUUUUUGUUUUAAGUAUCAUUCUACUUAAAAAAAAAUCACUAGUUAGUAGCGGUAGGAAUAUCAUGUUAUUUUAAUUUAGUUUAGAAUGAAAUAUCUAACUUGUUUCAAGGACUCUUACAACCUGAGGAAACAUUACCUCUUCGAAUAGUUUUGAAUGGACAGUCAGGAGAGCAAUUGGUCUAUAACUAACUUGGUCAUAUGUGUGUGUGUCUUCGUGAUUAUUUUUAAAUUAGUUUGAUUCUGGCCAAUUUUAAAAUGUCUUUUUAAAAUGAAGACUGGCUUAAAUGAUUGGCAAGAGAUAUAGCCAACUCGUAGACUGAUGCUUAGUUGGGACUCCGUCCUAAUAACUAAACUAUUCACAAAACAUGUUUCAUGGUUGUUAUUACCUUGUAAGUACCUAUUACAAUCAAAAUAUUAUCUGAAUUAACGUUUAAGGAAAAUGUAGCAGUUUGUACGCAACAAGUGAUCUUGAAUGCUAGUCAGCAGAUGAACACUUUGAUAUUACUUCGUAACAUAGUUUUCACAUGUGCCUGUUGUGAUCAUCGGUGUAAUAUUUUAUGUACCAUACUUACCACAACUUCUUCCUUCGUGUGCAAUAAAACCGUUAAACAUCCAAAGUUAAGCGAUGUCCACAUGGAAUUGUGUGAUUAAUAAAAGUUUUCAAAUAUAAUAAAUGUUUACAUGUAUAAAAUUUCCUCUGCAUAACUGCUUUUAUCUCAUAUUUGUUGUUACAUUUUAUUAUUUAUCAAGUUUGAAUCAACCAAUCUCUUAUGAAUGAACUAAAGCUCAUUAAUGAUUGAACUUAGCACAUUUUUGUAGUCAUUCGAUUAAGUAUUAGUUAGAAUUGUCAAUUAUAUAACUAAGGUAUAAUGUAUGUGAUAAUGAACUGUGACUAUGGCUAAGAUUCAUGAAAUUUUGUAUGUAAUUGAGAUUUUGUUAGUUGAAUAAAAGUGAUUUUAAGUAACGGAUAACUGCUGAAACAUACAGCUGAAUGAUCAGUAAACAAAGAUUUUGAAUGAUUGUUAUAAUAAUAUUACUGUUAGUGUAAAUAUUGUACAUAUACUAUUUGUUUGUAGAGAAUGUCAGUACCUGUACACGGUUGUGAUCAACAGCAAUGAGUGUAAAUAAAUAUUUUAAAUAAAGUUUACAAUACAAAACUUA